AAAAGAAUUAUAAAGCAAGUAAUAAAAGAGUGAAUCGGAGAAGGGAGUGCGAAACCAAACCCUCAUUAAGAGGACGAAAAAUGGUCGCUGUUCUCAAAAUCUUAAGCGUCUCUUCUCUCCCCGUAGCGAUCGCAGCGUUAACCCUCUCCUCUUCCUCUUGUUCUUACUCUCCCUUCCCGACCAAGCUUCCCAUCUCUCUUCGCUCCGCAUCGGCGACCCGGAGGCUCCCCUUCGCCGCCCUCCGCAUGGAUUCCUCGGCCACGGAGCUGAAACCCUCCGCCGUCCAGCAAGAUGGGGUUUUGCCGGAGCUUAUGACAGAGUUCAUGGUGGAUAUGAAAUGUGAAGGCUGUGUUUCGGCGGUAAAGGAUAAUCUUCUUAAGCUUGAUGGAAUUAAAAAUGUUGAUGUAGAUUUGAGCAAUCAAGUAGUGAGAGUCCUUGGCUCGAUUCCUGUGAAGGACAUGGAAGAUGCUCUUGCUCAGACUGGCCGUAAUGCCCGAUUAGUUGGACAAGGCAACCCCAGUGACUUUUUAGUUUCUGCUGCUGUUGCUGAGUUUAAAGGCCCUGUAAUAUAUGGUGUUGUACGCCUGGCCCAGGUGAGUAUGGAACUAGCAAGAAUUGAGGCCAGCUUUAGUGGUUUAUCCCCUGGCAAGCAUGCAUGGAGCAUAAAUGAGUUUGGGGAUUUGACCAAGGGAGCAGCAAGCACUGGGAAAAAUUUUAAUCCACCAGAUCAUAUAUCUGAAACGCCCCUUGGCGACCUGGGAACACUAGAAGCUCUAGGGACAGGUGAAGCCAACUUCACGGGUUCUAAAGCAAUGAUUAGGGUUGCCGAUCUCAUUGGCCGCUCAAUUGUGAUUUAUGAAACUGAAGACAAAUCGGACCCAGGCAUCACAGCUGCAGUAAUAGCAAGGAGUGCAGGAGUCGGUGAAAAUUAUAAGAAGAUCUGCACUUGCGAUGGUGUUACCAUAUGGGAAUCGAACUAAUUUUCUUUUCACUCUGUUUUGCUGUGUGUCAAGAUUUACUUGGCCACACUGACCUGCUGUAAAGAAGCUGACAAGACUCAAUUCUCGAUGAUGCCACAUCAUUCAUGGUGAUGUAAACAAUGACAAUCUGAGCUGCAAGGGGUUGGGUGAUUGUGAUAUGCGAAUUGGUUGUUUCAAUCUACCUUGUAUUCCAAUUAGCAGAUUCUUCUCCAUGUUUUGUUUUAAUGAGAUUGGACUUCAUAUUUGUAUAA